CGAUCAGCAUUCAACAAUUGCGAAGUAGUAGGAGAUAUCGUCAACGAUUUCCAUCGUUAUGGAAACAUUACCAAAAUUACUAACUUAGCAAAGGAGGAAACAACAUCCUCUACCAGCGAUUGACAUUAUUAUGGAAAUAACAGUAGUGUUAGACUUCUACUUAUACCGAGUAAUUUUUAAACCUAUAAAUUCAAACUCGAGCCGAUUCCUCUACCGAAAUUGUAAACCGCCAACAUUCCGGUGUAGUAACAAUGGGUAAGACAAUGAGUACAACUAGAAACCAAACUUAUGAUGUGCCAUGGUCAGAUCUUAACCAUGAUGUGCUUUAUUUAGUUAUGAUGAAACUUGGAGUUGUUGAUUUUGUUGGAUUCAGUGGAGUUUGCAAGUCAUGGAGAUCUUUCGCACUCUCUAACCGGAAGAAGUUUAUGGCAUCCAAACCACCUCUGUCCAUAGGUAUCUUUUCACCCAUGUCCAUGUGUAUAUCUCCUCGUGCUUAUAAGAAAACCUUCCACUUAAAGGACUUUGAAGGAAGAAAGUUCAAAACCCUCCUUCCCCAUUCUGCUGCUAGGGAGUGUGUUGGAUUAACUUGUGGUUACUUGAUCCUGUUUGGGAGGAAAACCAAAGACUUCUGGCUUGUGAAUCCUAUCACAAGGCAUCGACUUCAUUUCCCUUGUGUUCCCUUUGCUGUUGAUUAUUUUCCAUAUUCAAGAGUCAGGGCUAUUCUGGUCUUUUCACCUUUAGUAUCUGGGUGGUUGUUGGUUAUUUUAGAGCGUUAUGCAAGUAAAAUAUGGUUUUCAAUAGCGGGUAAAGGAGAAUGGAAUCAAGUCUCCUUUUCCUCCACAUUCCGCAUCAUUGAUUUACACGCUUUUAAGGGGAAGAUAUAUACCCUAAUCGGCAAUAAAAAGACAAGAGAUGUAUAUCAAUUAUUUGAAAUGAGACUCCAUCCACAUCCCAACCUGACUUUUCUCAAAACAAAGAAUUUUCUGACACGAAGAUAUAUUCCGAUGUUUGUUAGUUGGGGUGAAAAGCUUUAUGUGGUGCACUAUAUUUCACGAGAAUUGUACUAUUUACAUGAACUAGAUUUUGGUAAAAUGAUUUGGGUGCACCGUGAAAAGACAAGAGAAGAAUAUGCAUUCUUUUCUAGCUUGGAGCGUGUUGCUGUUUUUAAACCAGAGUCGUGGGCAGACACUAAGAACAUUAGGAAAGAUACGUUCUAUUAUGAAGAGAUGCGGUACUUUCCCCAUGAUUGUUUGAAUGUUAAUCUCAUAGAUUAGUGAUAGACUUGUUAGCACUCCUGUCUUUGUUUUUAUCUUUGCAUAUGUUGGAACAUUUUUUUUUCAAGAUAUUGAGAACCACCAUUGUUUUAUUUAAACAUUUAAAAGUCAUUGUUUUGUUAGUCUUAUGAUGCAAGUUGAACAUGUUAUCAAGUGAUUAAGUGAAGGGUGUCAUCAGUGUG